AUGCCUCGCUCCUUCCUGGUGAAGAGCAAGAAGGCUCACACCUACCACCAGCCCCGUGUCCAGGAUGAUGAACCAUUCUGGCCUCCCGUCCUGAGCCCGGUGGCCAGCGACCAGGUCCCGAGCAGCCACCCUGCCCUCGGCACCCUGCUCCCGGGCCCGCGCCUGGACUGGCCCGACCUCAAACAGGAGCCAGCGCUGGAGCUGGACCAGAGCUGGACCAGGAUGGCCUCGGCACCAGAGGGUCCUGCUGGGAUGUCCCAACCCCGGGACAGGGACUCGCCAGCCUCCAACUCCCCGCCGCUCUACAAGCCCAGCUUCUGCUGGGACGCCCUGGCCUCGGCCUACAGCCACAGCUACCGGCAGGCCCCCUCCACCAUGCAGUCCGCCUUCCUGGAGCGCUCCGUCAGCCUGUACGGCAGCCCCCUGGUGCCCAGCGCCGAGCCGCCCUUGGACUUCAGCCUGCGCUACUCACCGGGCCUGGACGCGUACCACUGCGUCAAGUGCAGCAAGGUCUUCUCCACCCCACACGGGCUGGAGGUGCACGCCCGUCGCUCCCACAGCGGGACCCGGCCCUUCGCCUGUGACGUCUGCGGCAAGACCUUCGGCCACGUGGUCAGCCUGGAGCAGCACACACACAUCCACUCGCAGGGGAUCCCGGCCGGGUCCAGUCCUGCGCCGGCGCCUGACCCCCCAGGGUCUCGUUUCCCCCGGCAGGAGCGCAGCUUCGAGUGCCAGAUGUGCGGCAAAGCCUUCAAGCGCUCGUCCACGCUGUCCACCCACCUGCUCAUCCACUCGGACACGCGGCCCUACCCCUGCCAGUUCUGCGGCAAGCGCUUCCACCAGAAGUCGGACAUGAAGAAGCAUACCUACAUCCACACGGGUGAGAAGCCACACAAGUGCCAGGUGUGCGGAAAGGCCUUCAGCCAGAGCUCCAACCUCAUCACCCACAGCCGGAAACACACGGGCUUCAAGCCCUUCAGCUGCGAGCUCUGCACCAAGGGCUUCCAGCGCAAGGUGGACCUGCGGCGGCACCGUGAGAGCCAGCACAACCUCAAGUGA